CAGAAUCUACACACAGCAUUCUAAAGAUCUGAGACAAAUAGAGGCUUCAGUUAAUUUUUUGGGCAUGAACAGUUUAACAAGAAUUUAUUAUUUCUGAUCAAAACUGAGCCCUCAUAGGUACUAGACCUGACAUGCUAAAAUUAAAUACAGACGUAGUAAUUGUGAUUCAAUGUGUGAUACAUUUCCAUAAUUUGUUAUCGAUUGGUAGUGAAAACAUAAAUGAUGCAAUUUAUGCUGUUGUUCAGCCGCCAAGGCAAACUGAGGCUGCAAAAAUGGUACAUAGCUCAUCCAGACAAACUAAAGAAGAAAAUCACCAGGGAACUGAUCACUACAAUUCUGGCGAGGAAGCCAAAAAUGUGCAGCUUUCUGGAAUGGAGAGAUCUCAAAAUCGUCUACAAACGGUAUGCAAGCCUGUACUUCUGCUGUGCUAUAGAACAGGAUGACAAUGAACUUCUUACUCUUGAAAUCAUCCAUCGCUAUGUGGAACUGCUUGACAAAUAUUUUGGAAGUGUAUGUGAGCUGGACAUCAUCUUCAACUUUGAAAAAGCCUACUUUAUCCUGGAUGAGCUUCUUCUGGGAGGGGAGGUUCAAGAAACCAGCAAGAAGAAUGUUCUGAAGGCUAUUGCAGCUCAGGAUCUGCUUCAAGAGGACGAGGCAGUAGAGGGAGCUUUACGGGAUAUCGGGUUGCUGUAACAACACCUAGCUUCUCAUACCAAUUUAUUACCUCUUAAAAAGUGUUUUGUCAUGUCAACAUUAGUUCCUAAACGUCUGACCGUUGAAAUCGGUACUUCCAAUUAAUCUGUUAGCAGAAUCGCAGAACAUAGCCAUGGAAAUGCUAACCGUCCUUCUGUUGUGCUUCAGUAACCCCGAUAGUUUACAGUAAAACAUUGCUAAAUGUGUUACAAUAUAUACUGUGCGAAUCAUUUAUGGUUGAGGUCGGCCGAGUUUCAAUGUAUACGUCAGGGUGAAUCGAGUGAAACGUACUACGUGCAUGUAAGAAAGAGUGGUCACGAAGCACUCUUUCUAACUCCUUCUAACAUGUGUUGCACGCUUAUCUGUUGUUCACAUUGAAACUCGGCCGACCUUAUCCGUAACUGAUUCGUAUGGUAUAUAAAUUAAUUUAGAUUACAUUUGUUGAGAAAGCCUAAAGGAAUUGAUAAAUGAGAACAGGUCAUGAAAAUUUUCUCGAUGCAUAGCACUGAUUUUUAAGAUGCUGUGAUGUAGACACGCCUUUACUAUUUUGAAGGUAUAUGAAUCCUUAGAUGUCAUUUUAAUAGUAUUGAAUGUAUACCACAUUUAACAAUUUAUUCCUGGUAGCAAUAGAAUGCAAUGCUAGUCAAGUUCAAUAAAUAGGAUAAAAUCGCUCUUUCUAGCAUUUUUAAAUGGUUAUGUUGUGUGAUUCAUUUUUCAUCAUUCCAUAUCUGUUUGCCAAAUAUUAACAACUGCCCAUAUUUUUAUAAUAUAGCAUUUAUAUAGUAUUUUUUUAAAACAUAGCACACAUCAUACAUGCAGAAUUGAACAAUUUACCCUUAGUUUGGAUGAUUAUCUUUUCUUAUUUGUGAUUUUUGACUUUAAAGACAACAAAUUAUGACCUUUUUAUAUAACAGAAUCAUGAAACAGUUCAAAAAUCAUCUUCAAGAAAAGGUGGUAAUGAUAAUGAAUAAUUUCAUAAGUAAUAUCCAUGAGAGCAAAUAUACGAUAAUCUUAUUGGCUCCUGGCAUCACUAGAAAGCUUUUUCAAUAUAUAGAGGUUUCUUUAAUUUAUUAAUUAAACGAACUCAUGAAUUUUUCAGUUCACUUAUAACUCUCUGGACCAUGAUUUCUUUCGCGUAAGUAACCCGCCUUUGAAGCGACACGUUUUGAAUGACGUCAUACAUAUACAAAAAUAUAUAAAAACCUUGUUCGUUUUUCUGUGCAAAAUCUAUAGCCAAAUGCUUAACUGAUAUAAAUAAUAUUAAAUACUUGGCAACCACGCAUUUUUUGGGACAUUUCUAAGAAAAGUUUCAGGAUAUUAAAAAAGCAAUUUGUCGAUGACCUCAAAUGUGACCUAGGUAAUGACCUAAGAGGCCAUUUGGAGGUCAAGUUUGUAAAUUCAAGCAGCAUCCACCAUUGACUAGGUCUUAUUUUAAGUCAUGGAAAAAUUACUUUUCUGAUAUCUUUCCUUGAAAUCAGUUUUUAAAAAAUGCAUUCUUGACAAGUUUUCAGGAUGUUCAUGUACUUUCCAGAUGUGACAGUAGGUCAUAAUUGAACCACUUAGACGCCUGAACUCGUGUAUGGAAAUGCACUCUACUGUAGAAUAUUGACCUCUGAGGUCAUUGCUUAGGUCAUAUUUUUGGUCUACGACAAGUUGCUUUUCAUAUAUCUUAAAACUCUAAUCAAGCCUUGUUUGAAACAAAUGCGUGGUUGUCAAGUUUUCGAGUACUUUUCAGACGUUAAAGCAAAUUGAAUCAACGCCUGAUGCAAUAUAUGAAAAUGCAUUCUGAUGUAGAAUCUCGAGCUCGACACGAAUCUGCUAUUUGCAUUUACAAAAUUGACCUUCACAUGACCUCUAAAGUUUAUGCCUAGGUCAUACAUGACUUCAUCGAGAAAAUUGCUUUAUUGAUAUCCUGAAACUUUUUGAAACCUUUUUUCCAAAAAUGCGUGAUUGCCAAGUUUUUGGUGUGUCCGGCUAUUUAAUAUAUAAAACAUAAUUUUCUUCAAUAUUCUUUUGAUCAGUCCGACUAGAUAUGACAUUAUUCUUGAAGAUCUACUGAUAGAAUGAAGAAGCUUUCUAGAAACAGGCCGCUCUAAAUUCUAGUCAAUCCUGUUUCCUUCAAAUCUUAUGAGAUAUGAUCUUGAUCUACCAUUAUUCGGAUUGUGCCAUUAGUAUUGUAGUAUGAGAAAAACUAUAAUGGUUGAUAUACACACCUUUUUAUAUCCAUAUUAGCUUUUGCACCAAACUGUUUACUAAUAUAAAAUAUUCAAAUACUAUGUGGAACCUUGCCAAUGAAUUUAUAAUAGUUUUUGCUUAGUAUGUAGUUUCUAGUUGUAGUUGUAUUUUUUUACUAUUAAUACAUAGUUCACGUUGCAAAAUUUUUAUUUAACUCCACCACUAACACCUUAAAGAUACACACCCAUUGAGGAGAAGGGAAGCGAAACUCCCGGGCACUGGAGCGUUUCGAAGCGAAGUCACUUCUGACGGUAAAUUUCGCCGCGGCUCUUUUCGCGUCGCAUCGCCUCAGUGGGAGUGCAGCUUUAUACAAUUAUUCACGGGGAAGGGAUAUUGCUUACUGCACUUUUUUCGCAAGUUUUUAUCAAUGCAACACGGAAUAUUACGGAUUUGAAUUCGACAGUCUUGGAAUUCUUUUAAUCGUAUCUUUUUUGUUAACAGUAUUACGCAUGUGACGAUUCUCAUGAUUAAAUAUUGCCUUUGGUGACAGACAUUUUGGUUGUUGGACCUCAAGGAAUGCUUUUACUAACUUUUCGAAUGCGUACUGUAGUGAAAGUGAAUGUGUUAACUUAAAAAAAAAAUCGGUAUCAGCAUGACAGUGGAUAAAGAAGACUUGUAUCGAAGUUACGUGGGUUGCUGACAUAGUAUCAUAGGUAUGUGAAAUGCAUUUAUAUCUUUUUAUCCACUGUCUUGUUGAUGAACGUUUGCUUAUGAUCUAAUUAUUGACUUUUUCUAGGAGGAAACUCCGCAAGGAUUCUUCGACGACCAUGGUCUGGGUUAAGAAGGAUUUUUAGCACUUGGGCUAACUUUUAUGGUUUAUGAAUUUUUAGCGAUAGUUUAAGAGUAUUAAUAAUUAUAAUUAUUGUAUGAUAUAAAUUAUUGUACGUUUUAUAGUUUUGAUGGGACAUGUACCUUAUCAUAACUGGGUCGAUAGAAUUGGUCUGCAAUUUUUUGUCGCUCGAUCUAUCGGUUGGGUUAUCUGAAAUAAUAUUAAUAAUUGAAAUUUGCGAUCUCUAUGAAGUUUAAGACAAUAAUCAAAAUUUAUAAGUAACAAACAAGCAGUUUCUUGAAAUGUAAGUUUUUUUUUACGAUAUCAGUAUUUUUCAAGAGAAAAAUGAUGUUUUAGGAAUACAUUCUUUGUUUGUUUUGUGUACCAUUUUACCUCUCAUCAAAACUGGAUAACUAAUAGUAGAUUGAAUACAAUAAUAGUCACUCGAAAAUGAGACCGUGUUGCAUUUCAUAUGAAAACUUAUGCUCACUAACAUGACGCUCGAGAGAAUUUUCAACCAUGAAUAAAAACAAUGUCUUUGAUCGGUUGAGCGAUUAAAUUUUAGAUUUUAAAGACUAUAUUAAAUGUUUGUGACGGAAAUGACGCCAAAGGUGCAUCAGUGCUUCAUUUUGUGAAAGAUUGGGUUGUCGAUAUGAGCUAACUCGCCUUUGUGAUAGAUGUAAUGAGCACUGUCACUUGUCACUCCUGGAUUAAAAAAAAAGCGAAUUAAAAUUAAAUCAAAUGACCAAUGUAAUUGUAUUUGUGUUUUUUUUUUAAAUGCAACAUGUGAUCUGGAAGAAAUAUUUAGUUCAUAUAUUCAUCUUUCCUCUUAUACAGUUAAGGUGUUCAUUUUAGGUAUUUGACAUGUGCAAUAUAUUAGAAAAGCGUGUGUAUCAUUGUUUGCAGAUGGCAAAUCGAAAGUGCGCGAGACAGCAGCUCAGCAUUGUGACGAUGCAUUGAUCACCUGAAAGUCGCGCGAAGUUUCGAUUUUCCAUGUUUGUACGUAUAUCAAAAAGUAUUAGAAAAUUGUGUAUUGCGUGCUCAAUAUUUGUUUUUCUUUUGGACUGAUCGAAUAUUAUUUUGUGAUUGUUAGAAUUUACGAUAACCUUAGUGUGUCUUGAUGUUAUUUUUAUACACUUGUAUUUUGUUCCCGUAAAAUAAAGGUAGCUCA